UGUUUUUGUUCAUUUGCUCGUUCAGACAACAGAUACUUUUUGUCUUCAAAGCCUCUAGUCGCGUCGCCCAUUACUCUCAGAUAUCAAGCCAUUUCGAUGUACUGAUACAAUCGUUGAUUGCUGACAGAUUGCGCAGCUGAGUUUAUUGUUUCUCAUGCGACUGUCCUACUUCCUCACCGGCCAUGUCGACUGAAAAGACAAUGAUUCCUUGGACCCGUGAUACUCCCACACGCAAUCAUCUUUUUCCUUUUUUUUUUCAACAAACUCUCCUAAAUUAACAACCCAUCUAAUAAAAGAACAACGAGGAUCCAACCCAAACGCGUCAUUCGAAACAAAUCAAGCUGUCUGUUCUUCGGGGUAAUAAUCGGCAAUGAACCAUUGGGACCGUUGGCACCACAGGUAGAGUUAAUACAUGCGGUCUGUGCAGUGCAUGAAAGUUUUAUUGUUUAUCCUAGCUAACAAUAAGGAUUACCGAAGAGAAAAAAGAGAGACGUGCUGAUGGAGCUGAAGCAGUGAUACGCCUUCAUACUUCGGAUUGUUCGUGUGAGUUGGACUGCUGUGUAUAAGUACCAAUGAAGGGAUCGAAAGAAGGAAAGAUACUCGUCUUUGCGUAUUUGAUAAACAUUCUUCUUAGUAGCUUGACACUAUCCUUCCGUCUCUGUUUGAACUGUCGUUUUAUCUGCCUACCAUCAUGUCUCCUCUUACCCCCGAAUCAAUCAAGUCUCGCUUCACCACCCCUCCUUAUGACCGCGAUCCAUCUCCUGCUCCAACUUCAGCAAGUAACACCCAACCUACCAAUGACCCUAUUGAUAGCUGCUAUCCUCAUCCGGUUCGUUCCCGUGCUAGAUCUGCCAGUCUUUUCCUCGAUUCUCGCCAGCUGCCCAAUCCCCGGUCGACAGCUGGGUUUAAUUUGAAAAAGCAAGGACAUUCGCUCUCAUCGACAUCUAUCUUUCAUUUGGACAAAGAUAUAAGUGCUAAGACAUCAUCUCCGGUAUCAUUCAGGCAACAUAAAGAAUCGUUUACGAGGGCCGAGUCCAGAGAAAGUGCAACAACGGAAGUCUGUCGAAUUCCCAUUCAGUCCGUAAACCCUCAGUAUCAAAUCUAUCGAUCACCUACUCCGGAUCAAAAUCCCCACAACAAUCGUUUAGAUCGACCAUCACAAUAUGUUUUCGGUCCUCGUCUCAAGCUUUACCCUUUUGUGCUUCCACCGAACCUCUGGGACGGUCCUAUUCCGGAAGAGGUGGUCGACAGUGACCAGAAAAUUCAACAAGCCUCUAGACCCAUGGUAUCCCUCAGUUUAUCCGCGCUCAACCUCUCCGACAAAACCCAUUCAACUUCCUUCCCCUCUCAAUUGCUCGGCGGCCCUUGCACCUCUGUCACACCGCGCAUUAUCCAAAACCCUCAUUUUUCCGAUCCCCGAGUAGGCAAGCAUCUGAUUCCACCAGCCCUACUCAAUCGUCCUUCGAACGAAAGUCUUCAUCUCUCUAACCUCGUCCCCUAUCCUGAUGAACCGUCGGAGAUGGGCCAGCUUGUGUGGCUUGACGCCGAGACUGCGUAUCAUCUAAGAAAAGGAGGCUGCAUCACCGUAAGAAAUUACCAGGGCAAGAUGAGGAGUUGCUAUAGUGUCGAGGCAGAGGAUGCUGCGAUGAGAAGAGAUGCGGCCAUUCUUCAGAUGAGUAGUAUUCCCACACCCUCAAUGAUGGCUAGAAUCAAAGGGAGAGCGCACGCAAGGACAGCAUUGGCAAAAAAUGUUUCUAAUCAGGAUGCAGGGCGAAGAGUUCAGGUGGCUCGGGCAUUGAAAUCUCGAGGUCAACGUACACAACGAGGGCCAACAGGUCCCAGAACGCGUUCAAGUACCGUUAAAGAGAGAGCGUAAGGCUUUAAAAGCUUCCGGCUAAAAAAAGAUGCUUAAUGCUUUAUGACCAUACAUAUAUACCCAAGUCUAUACUCAUAA